AGUCUGUCUGUUCACGGUAGAUCCUGUUCUGUAUCAUUCAGAUAUAUAUGUGAUAUUGGAGAUUCCUGAGCAAGAGUCGUGUCUACCUGCUUAAAAUCCACGUUUCCGUCAUCUGUCUGAAGAAGUUAGCAAUACAUACCCAUACCGGUGUCAUUGGAUCGUUAAACACUAACCAUGAGAACGUUGGUAUUCGUAUUGGCUUGUUUUGCUGCUUCAACCUACGCUCAAACAUGCCAGCGAGUGGUGUGUUAUUACACCAACUGGUCCCAGUAUCGCCCUGAACCCUACAAGUUCUUCCCGGAAAACAUCGAUCCUCGACUCUGCACCCACAUCAACUAUGCCUUCGCCAAAAUGAAUGGAAAUAUGUUGGCCGCCUUCGAAUGGAACGACAUGUCCGAGCCUUGGGCAAAGGGAAUGUAUGAGAGAACGAAAGACCACGUUAAAGCCCAAAACCCAAAUGCCAAAAUAAUGCUGUCUGUUGGUGGGUGGAACAUGGGUUCAGAGCCAUUCACAGCCAUGGUAGGGGCAGCAGUAUCAAGGGAAGAAUUUGCGACCACCUCAGUUACAUUCCUCCGUGAGCAAGGAUUUGAUGGUCUUGAUCUUGACUGGGAGUAUCCAGCUAACAGAGGUAGUCCAGCGGAAGACAAGCACAACUUCAUCGAGCUGCUGAAGGUACUUAACGCCGCAUUCGAUGCCGAUGCAGCUGCAACUGGAAACGAAAGGCUGCUCCUAACUGCUGCCGUUGCUGCCGGUAAGACCACCAUCGACAGCGGAUACGACGUCCCAGGAGCUGCAGCCGCCCUCGACUUCAUCAACAUCAUGACCUAUGACCUGCACGGCGGCUGGGACAACAUCACUGGACACAACAGUCCCCUGUAUGCCGACCCAUCCGAGACAGGGGAUCAGGCCUACCUCAAUGUCGAUUGGGCAGCCCGGUAUUGGGAGUCUCUCGGUCUUCCCAAGGACAAGCUUGUGCUUGGUCUCCCUACUUACGGAAGGACUUUCACUUUGACGUCCACCACUCUCAACAGCCUUGGAGAUAGCGUUAAAGGGGGCGGAACGGCAGGACAAUACACCAGGGAGGCUGGUUUCCUGUCCUACUACGAGAUCUGUGCUCUGAUAAACGCCGGGACCCCAGUUCACAGAAUCGCCUCCCAGAAAGUUCCCUACAUUGUGUCUGGAGACCAGUGGAUCGGUUACGACGACGAAGAAAGUCUGAGGGAAAAGGUGAGGUACACCUUGAACAGCGGAUAUGGCGGAGUGAUGGUCUGGGCUCUGGACCUGGAUGACUUUACCAAUUCCUGCGGUGCUGGAGCCUCUCCCCUGAUGAAUACUAUCUUCAAUGAAUGCGGUUUGACUGCUCCAUCACCGGCCACCCAAGUUGAUGCUGGCGCCACUCUCCGUAAACCUGUCAUAGUGUUCCCGAGUUCAAGCCCAUCCAGUCAACAUGCAUCAGGGUCAUCAUCUCGUUCGACUGCUUCGGUGGGACGGUCAAAUCCGAAAACCCCUAAAUCCUCUUCUCAACCAUCGCAACUUUAUCAAGGAUCACCUGUAUCUACUCCCAAACCAGCCUCUCUGUACUCAGCUCUUCAGACACUGCAACAAUACUCUGAUCAAUCAGGUCGGCGCACAUAUGGCAAGCCCCAAGGAACAGUCUUCCAACCGGGACCCAGCGUCCAACAUUCAACGAAUAAUCAACGGAGACCUGGUGUUCCAGAUCUUCGAUGGAAUCAACCAUAUGAAGUGAGAAUGGGAGCUGUUUUGCCGUCACAACCAAUCAGUUCAUCAGUUCCUCGUCCAUACCAAAGACCACCCGCUUCUUCCCGACAACCAUAUUUAAAUCCUGGGUUAUUUUCUCAGCAAUGGCAGCCAUAUCGCAUGACAACGGGGACGCUCCAUCAACCACGCCCCUCCCCUUCUUCGUCGGACCUUCGUACCUCGCAGCCAUAUCAAAUGCCGACUGGUUCUACUCACCUAGGGUACCCAAAGUCAUCUGUGGUGAAUCCCUAUCCAACUCCGGAUUACCAAACCCUCCAUCAAUACACACAGUCACUAAUCUCCCUUCUCCAGUCAGCACAGCAAUAUGAACAGCCGGCAGCUCCAGUUCAGAAGUCUGUUCAGAUGUUCCAUAUCCCGAACUACUCAAGAGGUUACCCGAGCCAAUCUUUUUCACGUCCUGGCACUGUCGUUCAACAAAAUGUCCGAACGUCACCAAAGGUAAACCACGUGCUGUCCCAAACUCAAGCUCCUUCUUUCUCAGGAAGUCUAGGCAUGCGGACAUCGUUUAUCUCAGCUAAUACUGUACCCAAGUUGACGGGAGAUGUUCGUGGAACAGAGGGUAACACGAACAAGUUCCAGCCAGCGGAAGUCAACUGCAGAGGGAAACCCGAUGGUCUUUACCCAAGCACUCUUUCCUGCGAAACUUUCUUUACCUGUCUCAACCACAUUUCCUAUAAGAACUCCUGUGGGAAAGGCUUGGUCUACAAUCCCAGCAAGAAGUACUGCGACUGGCCAUAUAAUUACAAAUGCCCACUCGUUGUUGCAGCUGAAGCACCAGCAGCAGCAGCAACAACAGCAGCACCAGCCGGAGGUGACCCUGUCGUAUUGUGGCAGUCGGCACCUCUUGAUUAUUCUGACUGGAAGUAUCGAAUGCAUUCAAUGAUUCAGGAUCAUCCUCAGGCUCAGACCCAAUCACGGUAUCAAGCACCGUAUCAAGCACCGUAUCAAGCACCUUAUCAAGCACCGUAUCAAACACAAUAUCAAGCUCUAUAUCCAGCUGAACCUCGGGUACAAACUCAGGCACAAACUCAGGCACAGCCUCGACCACAACCUCAAGCACAACCUCAAGCUCAACCUCCAAGACGCUCGACGCCAGUAUCCAAUUUCUGCAACGGAAUGGCCGACGGCAGAUACGCCGAUCCCACGAAUUGCAAGAAGUUUAUAGACUGUCUUAGUUCUAACACCUAUGUGAUGCCCUGUGCCUUGGGAACAGUGUACAAUCCCACCACGAAAGGCUGCGAUACUGCCCAGAAUGCACCCAAAUGCGGGCAAUGAUUGGACCAUUUAUCUGUUGUGCCGGCAACAUGUAUGGAUGCUUCAUGCCUAUAAUUUAAAAGGCUAUAGCAGGAAUGAUCACUUAGGUUACUCGCAUAACACACAGAAGAGAUCAUUAUUCAGAAUAUUGUAACUUCAUCCUUGGUGAUAGUAUUUGAAUUGUAAGACGUUCUGAAACAUACUUCAAAAGCAAUAUAUCACAAUGAAUCAGAAGAUCUUACCCCUGUCGAAAGUUCAAAUCGUGACCCAUAAAUUGUCUCAAGUCUAAAGGAGUAACAUCCCCGGACUUACAUUUCUUAGAAGUAGGUCUUAGAUUUCAUAAGAAGCAUGAACUGACUUGAUGAAGAUAACAAUUUUGAAAACUGUUUGUAUAUUUCAUCAUCAUGGCAAUUAUCUUACUGCAAAUCACGCGUUUUGGAUGUUUCGUUUCACCCGUAGCAGGAUACGUGUCGUUGGUGCGAAUCUCCUAAUUAUUUUGAUUAUUUUCCGUGGUCUGACAGCACCGAAUUUGGACUCGUUGGCUUCCUCAAAUCGGUAUUGGUCUCACUGUUACCUCACGUUCAGCUGACACGGCGUGCUUUAGCUGAAAUACUGAUCGGUACGGUAUAAAAUACCACUCUCUCAAAAAAUAGUAUUGUUCCCAAGUCUGUGUACGAACGUACCAAUAGCCUUGAAUGAUAGAGCGUUGUACUAUUUCACAGAGAUUCGGUAUUCAGCAGAAUCUGUCACGAUACUAUCUUGGAAUUACCAAACACCAUCAAAGAGCUGUCAGUAAUCUGGACGCUCGUAUUUCUUAACCAUUAUAUCAUUAUAUUUGUAUUGUUGUGAUAAAACGAAAUAAAAAGUAUAUAACCCUU